AAUAAUGGGGUUGAUUAGUGCUUUUUAGCGUUCUUGUGAAAUUUUUUGGUAAAAACUCAAGAAUUUCGUAUUAGUUUUAGGUUGAAAUAUCCUCCAUAUAGUUAUUAUGGCAUCAUCUUCAAACGUAAAUGGAAAUUUAGUGGAUGAACUAGAGGAAGCUUUCCAGUCCUGCAUUCAUGCCCUCACGAAAGAAGAGUCUGCCACCGGCGUCGAUAAGGAUGAAAUCAAACUGGAGGUUGACCAAACGACGCUCAAGUUCAUCGAUCUUGCCCGGCAAAUGGAGGCAUUUUUCUUACAGAAACGUUUUCUUUUGUCAGCUUUGAAGCCGGAUUUGCUACUCAAAGAGGAAAAUUUUGAUCUCAAGCAGGAGAUAGCUCGCAAGGAUGAACUGAUCCGGAAACAUUAUGACAAGAUUGAGUCGUGGAAGAAUUUGCUGUCCGAUCAACAGAAUUACAACAAACCGAUUCAAUCUUUGCCACCGGAAAUGCGUGGAAAUCUAGCGGGAGGAGGUCCCGGAGGUCCGGGAAUGGGAAUCGGAAUGGGCAUGCCGAUGCAGAAUUCGAUGCAAGUUCAACAAAUGCAACAAGCCCAGCAACAGCAAAUGCAAAUGCUCCAAGUCCAGCAAAUGCAACAACAGAUGUCAAUGCCAAUAGGAGCAAACCCACAACUGUUUCCGCAGCCUGGCGGAGGACGUGGAGUUGGCGCUGGUGGGCCCGGUUUUCAACAAAGUCCCAAUCUCCAAGGGCCUUUGGCUUACCUGGAGAAGACAGCCAGCAAUAUAGACCUAGUAGGGAUGGGGGAUGGUCGAAGGUGACGCGGGCGGGGCAGGGGGCGAGGUAGAGGACGCGGGCGAGGCCGAGGCCGCGGACGUGGAAACGCUCCCGAGUUUCAUAGCGGUGCGUUAUCUUGAAAGAGGAUCAUUAUCUAGCCACGUUUAGACGGCGUCAUUAGUUUAUAUUACAAUAUACAAACAACAUUUACUCUCUCACACACAUACUAAAAGCAGCAAAACACAAAAUUAAUCUAUUUCUGCAACCUGCUAGAAAAAAAAUACCUGUAUAUUGUUUUGGCCUAUCUAAUAUUCCUUCAA